AUGGUCCGUGGGCCGUUAAUCGCCGCUUUCUUCCGCGACACCAACGCCCAGAUCUGUUCACUGCCAUCUGCUCCUGGUGGUCAUGCGUCACCUCACAUGCACGACAUUCCUGGAGAAGGCGUUUCUCCAAGCGCAAGUGGGCCGAUCGACGCAAGUCACUCUGCGGUUGCGAGGGAGGGCUUGCUCGAGGAGGAAAGCCAUGAGCCCGUGCAGGACAUCGAGGUUCAUGUGACUUUGUUCUCCAGCAAGUCCGUUUGCGUCUGGGCCAGCGCAGACGACACUGUGAACAAGCUGCGCCUGAAGGCCCAGAAAGAGCUACUGGUUGGUCUCGCUGGGUUGGUCGCGCCGAACGGGGAGCUGCUGAGAGGCCUCGACACGCUCAGGCAGUCGAACCUUCGGAGUGGUGACAUGGUGUACGCCACCGUUCGCCCGGCGACUUUGGCCUCGACGAGGCAGUCGAUGGCCUUCGCCCUGAUGCGCAGCGACGGAUCCGUGGUGACCUGGGGCCCAGGGGACCGCGGCGGAGAUAGCAGCGCGGUGCAAGAUCGACUCAGGGACGUCGAGCAAAUCGUGGCCACCGGCGUGUCCUUCGCGGCCAUCCGCAGCGACAGACGCGUCGUGACCUGGGGCGCGCCCACGAUGGGUGGGGACUCCUCAAAGGUUUCACAGCAGCUGGAGGACGUUGUCGCCGUCCGUGGAACAGUGCAUGCCUUUGCUGCCAUCACCGGCAGCGGGGAUGUCAUCACAUGGGGUCACAUAAAG